AUGGAAGUAACUUCUUUCACAAACCUCGUACGUAAAACCCUCAACAACAACAAAAACCCUGGAGAGUUUGAGUUCCAAAUGUCCCAUCUCUGUCCUCUCGAGAUAGACAAAACCACUUCUCCUGCAGACGAACUCUUCUACAAAGGCAAACUUCUUCCUCUUCACUUACCUCCACGUCUCCAAAUGGUCCAGAAACUUCUAGAAGAUUACACCUUCGACGAUGAAUUCUAUAGCACUCCUUUAGCCACCGGAACGGUUACAACUCCGGUGACGAACAACACUCCGUUCGAGUCUUGCACUGUCUCUCCGGUAGAGUCUUGUCAAGUGAGUCAAGAGCUUAAACCUGAAGACUAUUUCCUUGAAUAUUCAGAUUCAAUAGAGGAGGAGGAAGAGAAGAAAUCUUGGAGCAAGAAACUAAGAUUGAUCAAGCAAUCUAGUCUCGGAACGAAGAUUAAAGCUUCAAGAGCUUAUCUAAGAUCGUUCUUUGGUAAAACAAGUUGUUCUGAUGAGUCAAGAGUUGCAGACGAAGGAUCGAUCUUGAGAUAUUCGAGAGUGCAACCUCCUUUUGGACAAAUCAAAACAGAGAGACCUAAAAAACAGAGUAAUGGUUCUGUUUCCGGGAACCAUAGGAGAUCGUUUUCGGUUUCUGUGAGGAGACAAGCUGUGAAGUGUUCGAACAACAAAUCAUCGACUGGUAGUUUAGGGUUUCGUCCGUUGCAGUUUUUGAAGAGAAGUACAAGUUCGAGUUCAGAGAUUGAGAAUUCUAUUCAGGGAGCUAUCUUGCAUUGCAAACAAUCUCAACAACAGAAGCAGAAACAGUAUAGUGUUAGUGAGGUCGGAUUCUGUUCGUUGUCAGCUUCAACAAUUGCAGCGAUGGAUGAUCAAGAACGGGCUCAGUUUUUUCGAGGCUAA